CCUUUCUAACUGUGGCCCGCGUUGUGCUGCUGCUGGGCAGGCGCUGGGCGCCGGCGGUCUUCGAGCGUGGGGGUCCGUUGGCUUUCUCUUCUCAGAAACUGCGCCGGGGGCGCUCGCUCGCUCCGGAUUCGGACGCGGCGCUCCCCAGGCUCGUCUGGAGUGCAGAUCGCCGCAGAGGCCCCAGUGCCCGGAUGUCCAUCAGGAUUAGCGCGAGCCAAUACGGGCCGAGCCCGGGGCUGCGCCGAGGACGCCCGGGGCUGGAGAGCAGGUAGUCCCGUAACAUCGGGGCGCCGCGCCGGGACGCGUACUCGCCCGGCUCCGCCAAAUGGUGAGCGCGGCGCUGGCAGCAGGGCCCGCGGGGUGAAGGCGCUCAUGGACGGAAGACCCCUGGCUCUAUAAGCUGAAUUAUGGCAGCCCAGUCAAGUUUGUACAAUGACGACAGAAACCUGCUUCGAAUUAGAGAGAAGGAAAGACGCAACCAGGAAGCUCACCAAGAGAAAGAGGCAUUUCCUGAAAAGAUUCCCCUUUUUGGAGAGCCCUACAAGACAGCAAAAGGUGAUGAGCUGUCUAGUCGAAUACAGAACAUGUUGGGAAACUACGAAGAAGUGAAGGAGUUCCUUAGUACUAAGUCCCACACUCAUCGCUUGGAUGCUUCUGAAAAUAGAUUGGGAAAGCCGAAAUAUCCUUUAAUUCCUGACAAAGGGAGCAGCAUUCCAUCCAGCUCCUUCCACACUAGUGUCCACCACCAGUCCAUUCACACUCCUGCGUCUGGACCACUCUCUGUUGGCAACAUUAGCCACAAUCCAAAGAUGGCGCAGCCAAGAACUGAACCAAUGCCAAGUCUCCAUGCCAAAAGCUACGGCCCACCAGACAGCCAGCACCUGACCCAGGAUCGCCUUGGUCAGGAGGGGUACGGCUCUAGUCAUCACAAGAAAGGUGACCGAAGAACUGAUGGAGACCACUGUGCUUCAGUGACAGACUCCGCUCCAGAGAGGGAGCUUUCUCCCUUAAUCUCCUCUUUGCCUUCCCCAGUUCCCCCUUUGUCACCUAUACAUUCCAACCAGCAAACUCUUCCCCGGACGCAAGGAAGCAGCAAGGUUCAUGGCAGCAACAAUAACAGUAAAGGCUGUUGCCCAGCCAAAUCUCCCAAGGACCUAGCAGUGAAAGUCCAUGAUAAAGAGACCCCUCAAGACAGUUUGGUGGCCCCUCCCCAGCCGCCUUCUCAGACAUUUCCACCUCCCUCCCUUCCCUCAAAAAGUGUUGCAAUGCAGCAGAAGCCCACGGCUUAUGUCCGACCCAUGGAUGGUCAAGAUCAGGCUCCUAGUGAAUCCCCUGAACUGAAACCACUGCCGGAGGACUAUCGACAGCAGACCUUUGAAAAAACAGACUUGAAAGUGCCUGCCAAAGCUAAGCUCACCAAACUGAAGAUGCCUUCUCAGUCAGUUGAGCAGACCUACUCCAAUGAAGUCCAUUGUGUUGAAGAGAUUCUGAAGGAAAUGACCCACUCAUGGCCUCCUCCUUUGACAGCAAUACAUACGCCUAGUACAGCUGAGCCAUCCAAGUUUCCUUUCCCCACAAAGGACUCUCAGCACAUCAGUUCUGUAACCCAAAACCAAAAACAAUAUGAUACAUCUUCAAAAACCCACCCAAAUUCUCAGCAAGGAACGUCAUCCAUGCUCGAAGACGACCUUCAGCUCAGUGACAGUGAGGACAGUGACGGUGAACAAACCCCAGAGAAGCCUCCCUCCUCAUCUGCACCUCCAAGUGCUCCACAGUCCCUUCCAGAACCGGUGGCAUCAGCACAUUCCAGCAGUGCAGAGUCAGAAAGCACCAGUGACUCAGACAGUUCCUCAGACUCGGAGAGCGAGAGCAGUUCAAGUGACAGCGAAGAAAAUGAGCCCCUAGAAACCCCGGCUCCGGAGCCUGAGCCUCCAACAACAAACAAAUGGCAGCUGGACAACUGGCUGACCAAAGUCAGCCAGCCCGCUGCACCACCAGAGGGUCCCGGCAGCACAGAGCCCCCACGGCGGCGCCCAGAGAGUAAGGGCAGCAGCGACGGUGCCACGAGUCAGGAGCGUUCUGAAUCCAAAGAUCCUCCCCCGAAAAGCUCCAGCAAAGCCCCCCGGGCCCCACCCGAAGCCCCCCACCCCGGAAAGAGGAGCUGUCAGAAGUCCCCGGCACAGCAGGAACCCCCACAGAGGCAAACUGUUGGAACCAAACAACCCAAAAAACCUGUCAAGGCCUCUGCCCGGGCGGAUUCACGGGCCAGCCUGCAGGUGGAAAGGGAGGCGGGACUUCUUCCCUACGGCUCCAGAGACCAGACUUCCAAAGACAAGCCCAAGGUGAAAACGAAAGGACGGCCCCGGGCCGCAGCAAGCAAAGAGCCCAAGCCAGCAGUGCCCCCCUCCAGUGAGAAGAAGAAGCACAAGAGCUCCCUCCCUGCCCCCUCUAAGGCUCCCUCAGGCCCAGAACCCACGAAGGACAAUGUGGGGGACAGGAGCCCUGAGCACUUUGCUCUUGUUCCCCUGACUCAGAGCCAGGGCCCGCUCCACAGUGGCGGCGGCAGCAGGACUAGUGGCUGCCGCCAAGCCGUGGUGGUCCAGGAGGACAGCCGCAAAGACAGACUCCCAUUGCCUUUGAGAGACACCAAGCUGCUCUCACCGCUCAGGGACACUCCUCCCCCACAAAGCUUGAUGGUGAAGAUCACCCUAGACCUGCUCUCUCGGAUACCCCAGCCUCCUGGAAAGGGGAGCCGCCAGAGGAAAGCAGAAGAUAAACAGCCACCUGCAGGGAAGAAGCACAGUUCUGAGAAGAGGAGCUCAGACAGCUCAAGCAAGUUGGCCAAAAAGAGAAAGGGUGAAGCAGAAAGAGACUGUGAUAACAAGAAAAUCAGACUGGAGAAGGAAAUCAAAUCACAGUCGUCUUCAUCUUCAUCUUCAUCCUCCCACAAAGAAUCUUCUAAAGCCAAGCCCUGCAGGCCCUCCUCAGAGUCCUCAAAGAAGGAAAUGCUCCCCCCGCCACCUGUGUCCUCGUCCUCCCAGAAGCCAGCCAAGCCUGCACAUAAGAGGUCAAAGCGGGAAGCAGACACCUGUGGCCAGGACCCUCCCAAAAGUGCCAGCAGUACCAAGAGCAACCACAAAGACUCUUCCACUCCCAAGCACAGAAGAGUAGAGGGGAAGGGCUCCAGAAGCUCCUCGGAGCACAAGGGUUCUUCCGGAGAUACUGCAAAUCCUUUUCCAGUGCCUUCUUUGCCAAAUGGUAACUCUAAACCAGGGAAGCCUCAAGUGAAGUUUGACAAACAACAAGCAGACCUUCACAUGAGGGAGGCAAAAAAGUUGAAGCAGAAAGCAGAGUUAAUGACGGACAAGGUUGGAAAGGCUUUUAAGUACCUGGAAGCCGUCUUGUCCUUGAUUGAGUGUGGAAUUGCCACAGAGUCUGAAAGCCCGGCAUCCAAGUCAGCUUACUCUGUCUACUCUGAAACUGUAGAUCUCAUUAAAUUCAUAAUGUCAUUAAAAUCCUUCUCAGAUGCCACAGCGCCAACACAAGAGAAAAUAUUUGCUGUUUUAUGCAUGCGUUGCCAGUCCAUUUUGAACAUGGCGAUGUUUCGUUGUAAAAAAGACAUAGCAAUAAAGUAUUCUCGUACUCUUAAUAAACACUUCGAGAGUUCUUCCAAAGUCGCCCAGGCACCUUCUCCAUGCAUUGCAAGAAGCACAGGCACACCAUCCCCUCUUUCCCCAAUGCCUUCUCCUGCCAGCUCCGUAGGGUCCCAGUCAAGUGCUGGCAGUGUGGGGAGCAGUGGGGUGGCUGCCACCAUCAGCACCCCAGUCACUAUCCAGAAUAUGACAUCUUCCUAUGUCACCAUCACGUCCCAUGUUCUUACCGCCUUUGACCUUUGGGAGCAGGCCGAGGCGCUCACAAGGAAGAAUAAAGAAUUCUUUGCUCGGCUCAGCACAAAUGUGUGCACCUUGGCCCUCAACAGCAGUUUGGUGGACCUGGUGCGCUACACACGACAGGGUUUUCAGCAGCUACUAGAAUUAACCAAAACACCUUAAUGGAGCCCCAGGUUGAUUCAAUGCCUUGGGAACUAUUUUUGCACAUUGGAAGCCUCAAAAACAGUCCAGACGUUUGUUUCAUCAGGACACCAAACUCUAAAAAGAAGCACCACGAGAUGGCCAGGACAUUUGUCCACUUAAACUCUCCACAACGGUGUGAUCAUUGGUUGGACACUAUGGUUAUGCAGAAGCAGAGAGGAGGAGGCUGGCCCCAGAGAUGAUCUUGCCCUUCCUAACUAAAGGACAGAAGUGCAAUGUAGCUUAAAUGGGUGUAUGAAUGGUCUAGAAACAUUUCUUUUUUUUUUUUUUUUAACCAGCAGAAUACAAGUUGCAAAUGAAAUGAGGAGAAGCAGUUUCAACUCUGAAAGUGAAUUUAUAUCAUCUCGGUAGCCACACUAGUCCAUUCCCAGAAGGAAAUUUUUUUUUUAACAAUGACUUUUGGUGAAGGGUUUUGUGGAUGAUUUUUUUUUUCUUUUGAGUUUUGGGAGAAAUAUUUAAUAACUUCUAAUGGCCAUCUGUAAACCAUAAGUAAUGAAGGACUCCACUGUGCCCCACUUUCUGCCAAUGAACAGUGGCUUGAUAAUA